GAAGUGUACGUCAGAAUUCAGACAAGAAAAAAAAAGUGUAUGUAAGAACUAAGAAGCGUUUUUAUAUUGAGAUUAGGUAUAUUUACGAUUCUUUUUUUUUUCCGUUCCUAUUCCUACUCUGCAGCUGGAAGUAGCAAGUUAGUGCGCUUGCUUGCUAGUUAAAGGUUUAGGGUAUUGAGAGAGAGAGAGAGAGACGAAUCUGAAUUGAGCUGAGUAGAUAUGGUGAGAAAACAUGGCUGGCAACUACCUGCUCACACUUUUCAGGUUGUUGCGAUCACUGUAUUCUGCUUAUUGGUGAUUGCUUUCUAUGCUUUCCUUGCUCCCUUCAUUGGAGGGGGUCAUAUAUGGGAAUAUACCUUCAUUGCUAUUUACUCUCCUGUGGCUCUCAUUGUGUUCAUUCUUUACGUCAGAUGCACUGCAAUUAACCCUGCAGAUCCGGGCAUUAUAUCUAAGUUUGACCCUAGAGUGGGAAAUAAGUUCAGUUCUGCUCAUGAUUUAUCAGGGAAGCAUCAUGGUUCUGAACAUGAACGCAUUGCUGCUAGAGAGCAAUAUUCUCCGUCAUCUGCUGCUUCCAAAAGGUCUAUGAGCAAGAAGAGCUCAGUGGAAGAUCUUGAUAGAGUAGAUAAUUCAAGGAAAGAGAAUAACCAGAACUCGUGUAAUGCAAUUGGAGGAAUUUUCUGCAUAUUAUUUUCACAUGAAGAUUGCCGGAAACAGGAAGCAACAGCUGAUGAGCAGGGUGGUGGUGAAGAUGCUUUGUUCUGCACUUUGUGCAAUGCUGAGGUGCGCAAGUUCAGUAAACAUUGUAGAAGUUGUGAUAAAUGUGUUGAUGGCUUCGAUCACCAUUGUCGGUGGCUUAACAAUUGUGUGGGUCACAAAAAUUACAGUUCUUUUAUUGCUCUCAUGGCUUUUAGUCUUGCGUGGCUAGUUAUUGAAGCUGGAGUUGGUGUUGCUGUUUUUGUGCGUUUCUUUGUUAACAAGAGAGGAAUGGAGUCUGAAAUCAUUGAUAGACUCGGAAAUGGAUUCUCUCGGCCCCCAUUUGCAGCCGUUGUGGUUGUAUGUACUGUAGUUUCUAUCUUGGCUUGUGUGCCUUUGGGUGAGCUUUUCUUUUUCCACAUGAUACUAAUUAGGAAGGGCAUCACUACCUAUGAAUAUGUUGUAGCAAUGAGAGCCAUGAGCGAAGCACCUGCUGGAGCAUCUGUUGAUGAGGAUUUGCCAAAUAUACUUUACUCUCCAACAGGCUCAGCCACAACUGGAUUGAGUGGAGGAAGUUCACUUGGUUUGCAGUAUAAAGGGGCUUGGUGUACCCCUCCUAGGGUAUUCGUGGAUUAUCAGGAUGAAGUUGUGCCUCACUUGGAGCCUGGAAUGCUACCAUCAACUGUUGAUCCAGAUGCAGCUGGGAUUGCAGAAAGAGGGCAAAAGAUGCCAAAAAGACCUGUUCGUAUUAGUGCUUGGAAGCUUGCUAAGUUGGAUUCACAAGAGGCAGUGAGAGCAGCUGCAAAAGCCAGGGCAUCUUCUUCAGUUUUGCGACCUGUAGAUAACCACCGUCUACCAGAUGGAGAAUUGAGCUCUAGUGGCAACAUGAGCAUCAGAAGUAGUUUGAGCACAGAGACUGGAACUAACAAGGAAAUAAAACACGAGUUGAGAUUGUCUCCAGUGAGAAAUUCUAUUGCUCCUAGUCAAGGAAGUCGUGAUGAGUAUGAGACUGGAACUCAAAGUAUGAGUAGUUUUAGUAGUCCUAGCCAUGUUCAAGAGGCAGUUACACUCAGCCCUCUUCCACAGGACCACAGUUUGGGUGGCUUCAGGGCAGGUACCUCAAUUCCUAGUUUGGUGCCUGAGCGUCCUUUAACUUCUAAAGCAACAUUGUCAAACUUCAGGAACCCAAUAUCUAGUCCUUCUCUUGGAUUUGAUGGGAGGACAGCAAUGCCAAAAGGAAUUGGUAAUGAUCCAUUGUUGCUUUCAACUUCUAACACUUCUAUUCUAAGAGACGUGAAACGGGCAUCAGUUGUUUGGGAUCAAGAAGCUGGCAGAUAUGUUUCGGUUCCUUUAUUGCCCUCUGAAGCUCGAAAUAGGUCAUCCAUGCGCAUAGAAUUUCCAAAUGUAAAUGCUGAAACAAGCAGUAUUGGGAGAAAAUCAGUGAUUCCUCAGCAGGAGUUGUCAUCAUCUGCACCCAAAUCUCCUGGGCAGCACAUACAGAAUCUGAUGUAUACAGGAGAUUCUAUCUUUUAUGGAGGUCCAUUUUUGAGUGCCCCUGUUAAAGAUGGUUUGAGAAAUGAAAGACAUUUGGCAUCAACUGAUGCCCAAGAGGGCAGCAUAUCGGUGAACUUGCCUCAAGAGCCAAGAUAUAAAAGGAAUUUACUCUCAAAUCAGCUUCCUGUGUUUGUCCCUGGUGGGUUUGAGAAUAUCCUUCAACCUCGAUCUGGCAUGAAUUAGCUUAUGUUGUUUUGAGAUUCCAAUGAGUGGACAAAGUUUUUGUUGGAAUCGAGAGGAUAGUGAAGAGCAAUUAAAAGGGUCUAUGUGGUAGACACGGUUUUAGCCUUUCAGACCAUACAAAUGAAAAGUAUGGUGAACAUCUGACUCCAACAGGUGGUUGUUUAUUCUGCCUAAUCAUCUAGGGUUAACGUCUGUUGUCAUCAAAAUGCCUCUGGGCGUUUGAGAGAGUGAAAGAAUUUCAUUGUGCCAUUUGCUGAACAUGCCUUGAGAAAUGUGAAUCUUCCCUUAUGCGGUAGAUGAAAUCUCAAAGCAGUUAUCACUUAUUACUUCAGUAAGCAUGAGCAUGACAUGAGCCUCCUUAAUGGAUUUUAAUUUAUUAUUGUAGCUUUUGUUCCACUAGAUACUAAAAUUGUCAUUAUCUUGCCAAUAGAGUAUUGUUUGGCCUGUGGCUUAUA